GUAUAUCAGUCAUCAUCUUUAUUGUUUGGUUCUCCUUCCUCAAGCUUCACCCAAAUCAGCAAUGGAAGCUAGACUCUCCGAAACUCUUGGCCUCCCAUCACCGAAUCUUAAUCACUGCCAUUUUCCCAACGAUUUCAAUUCUCUCUUCGCUCAUUUCUCCGAUCUCACCUCCGUCCAAAGCCCUAUCGUCAGAAACCCUAAACCCAAAACCAAAUUCUCUCAAAAGUCAACAAAAUUUCCAGCAAAUUUCAGAAGAUCCGACCCACUAUUUGCAUCAACAUCAAUCUCGGAUCCAAUCCACGCGAAACCCGGACCCGAAUUCCUGAAAUGGAUCAAACCAGCAUCACGAAGCAGUCCAAAAAUUCAAACACUCAUGAAACAACUCUCCGUCUGGGAACGUGCCAUCAUCGGUGCCGGAGCCGGUGGACUCGCCGGAGCUUUUACGUACGUUGCUCUUCUCCCACUUGACGCAAUCAAAACCAAGCUUCAGACCAAAGGCGCUUCUCAGGUUUAUCGCAACACAUUUGAUGCUAUAGUUAAGACAUUUCAAGCUAAAGGUGUUUUAGGUUUCUACAGUGGUGUCUCCGCCGUGAUUGUUGGCUCUACGUUUUCCUCCGCCGUGUAUUUUGGUACUUGUGAGUUUGGUAAGUCUCUCCUCUCCAAAUUCCCGGAUUUUCCGAUGGUUUUAAUCCCGCCUACUGCUGGUGCUAUGGGAAACAUAAUCUCGUCGGCGAUAAUGGUUCCUAAAGAGCUCAUUACACAGAGAAUGCAAGCUGGAGCUAGUGGGAGGUCGUAUCAAGUUUUGCUUAAGAUACUUGAGAAAGAUGGAAUCUUGGGGCUUUAUGCCGGUUAUUCGGCUACAUUGUUGAGGAAUUUACCGGCUGGUGUACUAAGUUAUUCGUCGUUUGAGUAUCUGAAAGCCGCGGUUUUGGAGAAAACGCAGCAGAGCCAUCUUGAGCCUUUGCAGAGUGUUUGUUGUGGUGCGUUGGCUGGUGCGAUAUCUGCUUCGAUAACUACACCAUUAGAUGUGGUGAAGACUAGGUUGAUGACGCAGAUUCAUGUGGAGGCAGUGAAUAAACUUGGUGCUGCUAUGUAUACUGGUGUUGCUGGAACAGUGAGACAGAUAUUGAAAGAGGAAGGUUGGGUUGGUUUUACCCGUGGCAUGGGGCCUCGAGUUGUUCACAGCGCUUGUUUCUCAGCGAUCGGUUAUUUUGCGUUUGAGACUGCGAGGCUUACAAUCUUGAAUGAAUAUUUGAAAAGGAAAGAAGAUUCUGAAGCUACCGUUGCUGCUGACUCUUGAGUUUGCUUUUUGGUAUAGUCAGAUGAACAGAGAGAGGGAGUUUUUCCUUGUUUCUCAAGAGAAGCAUCAAGCUUUAUCUAGAACCAAGCUUGGAUUCUAAGAGGUUACUGUGGCAGAUUGUGAGGGCUUUGUUCUUUCUAAGAUUUGCUUCUUUUUUCUGUUGGGUUUAGUGUUUCCUCAGUUUUGAUUUUCUCACAAUUACAUUGUUCACAUUUGUGUAAGACGAUCUUUAAUCAUUUCUGUUCCCAAAUUUUCCAUUGAAGAGAAUUACUGUAGUAAGUAAUAA